AUGACAACGACAUCUUUAGCGACUACGAGCGCUGAGACUGGCGCAGACACGAUUGCUGCCCGUACUCGAACCAAGUUUUCUCUCGUAGAUGUACCUAUCGAUACACUGGAAGCUUCUCUUCCACUUGACAACAUUCACGAUAUUGGGGAGACGGCAGAAGAUAGGGAAUAUCAGCGAUUUCUACUUAGUUUAUUGCCUGAUGACCAAGUGAAUCUAUCGUUCCUGGACGAAGAAGAUGAAGAGUAUCGACCAGAAGAAGAAGAAGAUGAGCAUGAGGACGAAGAUGCUCGUCGAGGUAUCUCGAAAAAAGAAUUGACGGAUCUGCUGCUGGACUCGACGCAAAUGUCGUUCCCUAUUUUUCCAGCAGUAACGCUCGAUACAAGGAAAGAUGAUAUGAUGCGGACUAUGGACAAUAACAAGGAAGGUAUGAUGUCUACUGCUGCGUCGAAAGAAGUGAGGAUGGAUUGUUUGACAGCUGCAAAGACGGCGAAUGUCACUGGAAGCAUGCCAGAUAAUUUACCGGCAGGACUGCGAGGCCGAUCUGUUGCCGUUUCUCAAGCGCAAUGCAUUCAACUAGCAUCGCAAAUGCACAAGCAUUUGCAGUUGCUGCUUCAGAGUUAUCAUCUUUUGAUGAGUAAACCAGCGUCACCCGAGCUGGCUGAGUGUCGAGCAAUGAUUGAGGAACUGCAACAGCGAGGUGAAAAGGCGCUCAGGUACAAGAAUGCGCUGUUGUCAAAGCUGAAUCCUGGAACGAUGGGUGUUGCAGGUGGGUCUUCUACGGGAGAGAGUGAUGCCGAUGCUGGUAGCAAUAAGACCUUGUCUUCCAUUGACUUGCCUAAAGUGGAAGGAAAGAGUGGUGACGCUAAUGCCACCGAGAAUUUGCUGCAUCUGCGACGCGUGACGAGGUCGCUGACAGCGGCACAUGCAGCGGUAGCUCAUCCAUCGAUGUUUGAAUUGGUAGGGUCACAAUCUAUAGACGAACUAUCAGCUGGUUUUGCUCAAGGCUGCUCGCUUGGAGAGCGUGAUCGUGCUAUUCAAGAGCAAAUGCUCCAGCUUGACACACAUUUGCUAUCUGCAAGAAAGCGCCGAAAAAGCAAAAAAGGAUAUUCAGCGACAGAAGACACAUUGCUCGCUCACGGCACUAAACGAUUUGGUACUCAAGCCGACUCGUGGGAUCAAAUUCGAGCACAUUUUCUUCCGACUAAAACCACAAAGAAUCUUCGACAUCGGUACAAGUACUUGAUUAGCCCGAAGACAGGUAUGAGCGCUGUAAAAGCACUACACUUGAGGGCGGCACCGCAGCAUCACAACAACAGCUGGCUACUAGAAGAGGAUCUACGGAUUGCGCGGGGAUUUAUUGAGGUUCACAACGAAAAGUUUCCCUUUUCUCGCCUCUCAAAAAGUUAUCUCCCUCACCGCAGCCGUCUUGAGAUUAGAAAACGCUGGGAACGACUUGCGUCAAAGUUUCGAUCAGACGUAGCUCAGAUCGGUCUGACCGCGCCUGAUGAUGACUCUCUCGAUCUAGCCGUUGCAAUGAAAGAGCAUUUAGAGGACAAACUACGAAACCGACUGUUGCAUCAGCGAGGAGAGGCAGAGAAGGCAAAGUUGGAAGCCGCAUUACAGCUCCAUCAGCUCGGUCAAGGAAUACGGAAUCCUCUUAUGGCUCAAUCAGAUGGCAGCAAAUCUAUUAUCGGCAUACCUUCCUUUGACACUGGUAUUGAGGAUAUAGGGAAUGAGGCGUCAUCUUGCAGAAGCAAAAAUCUACACCCGGCGCUGUUUUUUUCUUCGUGGUCUUUUAUCAGUCCCGCGACGCUCCUCAACACAACGUGCAAGCACAACUGGCCCUCCUUCAUGGACGAAAACAACGAUGCUGAUGACAAAUUGCAGAGGAAUGAGCGUAGUGCUGAUGUUACAGGCACCGAAGUAUCCUUACCUGACCCUCAGAAUAUUGACGCACUGGCGCUUGAUGGCGCACAAACACACGAGUUUAUGCCGAUUGCAAUGCCAAUCGAUCUGGCUAGCAGUCCAACAGCGAACACGGUACUGUCUCAAGCAAGUGAUUCAGCUGACGCGCGCUUGGCACAGAAGGUGAGCGACGAAGAAGACGAUGAUAGCGACUAUGAGCACGAUGAACUGUUAUCGUCCGACAACGAAGAGAGCGAGUCUGACUUUGAGCAGCUGGAAUUCACGGAUGAUGAAGAAGUUAAUGCGAAUGGCAAUCACAAAUCAAGCGUAGAUUGUGUCGAACAAGAUAACGUAAUGUCCAACUUUGGUCAUCAGUCUGUUGCCAGUGCCAACUCGCUAGAAACUCCCUGUCAGUACCCGCUGUCGUCUUCGCCUGGUGGCUUAUGGGAACCGGAAGAUGCACCCGGUGACAGUAAUAUACCCUCCUCUCCACGCCUUCGACAUCCGCUUCGUCUACAGAACUUGAAUCAGCCUGAUAAUGAGCGCAUGAAACGCGCGCUAGCUGCGUUGGAGAGACGAAUUAUCGGCAAGAGCAUCACAAGUUUAGCUCCUUCUACUUCGGUCACAAACUCACAGACUACUUUCUUAGGCAAACAUGCAAAACGAAAAUCAACGGCCGUGGCUUUUGGCGCUACUCAGAAUCGCCAGGGUGUUAAUCAGGCAGGCGUCGACAAGCAGGAGCAUGCACUCGCUACAAUAACUGGUAGAAGUGCAGAUGACGAUAACUGGGAGAACGAAUCUGGCGAUGAGGAAUUCGAAGUUGUUGAGCUUCCCUCUAGUUCUGAUGAGUUUUCUGCUGAUGAAGACGAUGAAGCUAUAUCUGAUCUACUUGCAGCGGAACCAACGCAACAAACUUGUUGUAAGAGAGAUCAAUCGUUGUCAGCAGCACCAACUUUACAGGGCAAAUCGUCUAGCUCUUUAUACAAUAACAUUCUACCCAACAAGAAGGCCAAAAUACAAGAAUGUCCAACUUGUGGUUAUACCACGUGCACAUGCUCGUCACGGGAGCGUAUGCAACUGCUUCUGCGCCGAAUGAAAGAGAAGCGCUCGUCAUCAUCGUUGCAGUAG